CCGUCACAACUGGAGUUGGAGUGAACCUAGAACGGACCCUCUUUUUAUGAAGCUGAGUGGUGUCUAUGGCAACCACUUUGGCGAGAGUAACCACACCUUUUGAGUACCGUCCUUCCGUCGUCUACACUAGUUAAAUCCCUCUGCCUGAAUCCUGUCUGUCAGUUAUAGUUUUAGGCGUGUUGGAGGUGUAGAACCAGUUUAGUUACUUAGCUAGUUAUAAAACGACCUGUAUUAGCCAGCAAACAUGGCUAAAGUCAACAGUGGUACCUCCAGUUGCAGAGUCAUGGUAAUGGCUGGUAAAUACUUGACGACCCCCUCACCGGGGCUUGUCCCGAGCACAUGUCACCGGCGAAUGUUAAAACUUCAGCGACGCUUGGCGAGUUCAAAGGCGGCCGGCCAGGGAGGCAAAACCCCGGCGUUGGCCCAGCAAGAGUUCCCUAACUCUUUCUCAGCCUCUGACCGCUACGUUCUGUCAAACCGCACGUUAAUUUAUCGGGAUGUGAAAGCGUUUCUCAAUGAAAUUGGCGGAGACCCUCGAGAAGCUCGGUACUGGUUGACCCAAUUUCAGAGAGCCAGUUUGGCACAAGCGCCAGCAUUUGCAGUGCUCGAGGUGGACAAAUCUGUAUUCGAGAGCCGAGAGAUGCUGCAGAGUCUGGCGUUUGGGCUCUCGUUCCUGCAGCGGAUGGACAUGAAGCCAGUCGUGGUGAUGGGACUGUCACGGCCUGAGGAUGACGACGCUCCAGACGGGUUUACUUCCAACUCCAGGGCUGAUAUCGUUCAGCGGUGCCAGACCCUAACAGAGGUCCUACAGCACCACUCAGCCAGUGUCAUACCUUUCUUCAGUGCAGAGGCCUUGCUGCUGGUGCAGGAUCCACCCCAAGGAAGCAGUGCAGGGUCCUCCAUUGCAGUGGACAAAGGUCUGCUCCAGUGGAGCCUGGACUGCGGGGCCAUCCCCCUAGUGUGCCCUGUGGGGCGGGACACCAUGGGCCGCUCGGUGGCCCUGGACUCGGUGAAUGUCACGGCCUCCAUCUCCAAGGUCCUGCAGCCACUCAAAGUCAUGUUCCUCAACAGCUGGGGAGGCCUCUGCAAUCAGAGUCACAAGGUGCUGGAUCUAGUGUCUCUGCCCGGUGAUCUUCCCAGUCUGUCGGGGGCGCCGUGGCUGAGCUUGGCCGAGCGUCGGAGGGUGGGCACCAUCGCCCAGCUCCUGAACCAGCUUCCCUGCGAGUCCUCUGCAGUUAUCACCUCUGCCAGCACAAUGCUCACAGAGCUGUUCAGCCACAAGGGUUCUGGUACACUGUUCAAGAAUGGAGACCCCAUUCACAAGUACAGCACUCUGGAUGACAUAGACCUAGACCGCCUACUGGCCCUGAUAAACAAGUCUUUCGAAAAGAACCUGAGGGAGGACUACAUUGAGUCACUCAAAGGCCGCCUCCACUCCAUCUACCUCUCUGAAGGGUACAGUGCAGCAGCCAUCAUCACCAGGGAGCCUCUGAGCAGCGAUACGCCCUAUCUGGACAAGUUUGUGGUGAGCAGCAGCAAGCAGGGUGAGGGCACCAGCCAGAUCCUGUGGGAGUGUAUCAGGCAGGACCUGGGCAAGCUCUUCUGGAGGUCCCGCGCCACCAACCGCAUCAACCCCUGGUACUUCAAGCAUUGCGACGGAAGCUUUGUCAACGGCAGCUGGAUUGUAUUUUGGUUCGGUCUCUCAGACAUCAGGGAGUCGUACCAGCUAGUAGAGUAUGCCAAACGCGUUCCAGACUCCUUCCACGAUCCGAUAAUGGGGGGAGCCCCCCAGCAGCCACCCCCAGGAUCCUGAAUGAACUCUCCCAACAUUCCUCUUCCAAGCCUAAAUAAAUGGUUGCAGAACACCAUGCUAAAAUAAGCAGUUCCUCCCAUUGAGAAAAACUGUUUUGUGGUAAAUUUGAUGUGGUAUUGCUUGGUGGCUUGGUGCAGUAGGUCAUUGUUUUGAGUGCCAGAGAGCAUCUUGGGUUAGACUGCGGUGGUUAUAUUUGGAUCUGGCAGAAUUGCAGUAAGCUUGCCUUCAGCACUCUGGCUGCUGAAGGUUUGUUUGGUGGAAAAGGUUGUACAUUUAGUCUGGAUUCACCCCCCCUCAUGUAGUUGAUUUCACUACUGUGCUUGGGCCAAAUCCCAAAUUGAGGUACAUGCUCAAAACUCACACUCUGUGCACCUUGCAUUGAUGUCAUUGGGGGAUAUGUGAGUGUUGAAGGCAGAUCUCAAGUUAUGAUUUGGCCCUUAGAAAGCCCUGAAGCAAAAUCUAAUUUAAGAAAUACAUGAUGAGAGAUUAAUGUCUUCUGGAGUUUAUAGAGUGGCUUCCCUUUUUCGUCUUGGAGCUUUUUAAAAACAUUUUUUUUUUACAUUUCAGAAAUAUGUUUCAAAUACAAACAUUUCAAGAUCGUGCUAUAAGAGACUUGUGCCAAUGUUUACAUUUCAAAGGGUAUUUCUUCAGUGUAUAUCCAGAAUCCGGUCACUUUCAUGCUGGAUUAACCACAGUGGUCAAUGCCAGUAUCAUUUUUUUUUUUACACUUUUGUCUUAACUCUACAACAAAUGUGAAGUUUACAUUUUUGUGACAUUUUUUUUACUUGAAUCUCAAGAAUUUCAAAUAGACUCAAUGCUGGUUUUGGAGUUACGGUAGUCCAUUCAAGGACCAAGGUAAUCUAAAAAAUGCAGCUAGCCUUUUACAUGGCUGACCUCCACUGUUAAAUGCACAAAAGAUUGCCAAUCAAAUUAACUGACUUAAAAUGGGCAUGAUUUUAGUCAUCUGGGGGACAAAAAACAGUAAUUGACUUCAUACAUUCUGGAGGUUUACAACAUGCAUAUUUUGAACAAUAGUUGAAAUGUAUAAAAAUGAUCAGCCAUUAGUUCAACAUGUAAUUUUACAUGGAAUUAAAGUUUACAUUUUGAAACACA